AUGGCGCGCACCAAAGCUGUCAACAAAGCAUCUGCGAGCAAGAAGCGCAAGUUUGCCGAGGAGCGCGGUGUGGCCCAUCUGCUCUCGCUCUCGCAAUCCAUCGCCGACGCCGAAUCGCAACGGCAGCACGACCGUAUCCAAGCCACGAAAGCCAAGAUGCAAGCCGAACACGACAAGAAACUCGGUCAGUGUCAACGCGAAAAAGCGGACGCAUCCGUCGCAAGAGACCGAGUGGCCAAGCCAAAAAGCAAAGCACAGAUCAAGGCCGCAUUAAAGGCACAGCUAAGGCAAAAGGCACGAUGCAGAAAGGACAGGAGAAAGCAGCUCAAGUCUUCAGAUACCCAGCAAGACCCACUCUCGCCCAACAACCACAAGAAGAGCGUCUCGUUUGCGCUCGCGUGA